AUGUUGGAUGGACACUGUUUUUACAUUAAAAAGAUAGAUGUUUUAACGCAACACUGGAAGUGCAUGGUCUGCAAACAGCGAUUCACGCAAGUCUGUCAUCUCGCAAGGUACACAAAGAAAGAGUGCGAGGGAAAAAACCCGAUUAUAAUCUGCAAAGGCAAGAAGGUCAAACGCAUGCCUAGCAAGUCAGAGAAGAUCUUUUACGGUGAUGGCUUUAGCUAUGACGCUUGUAAAUGGCUCGAGCACAUGUCGAGGGAAACUGGAAGGCACAUACAUCACGCGCUGUGUGGGCAUGGAAGAGAGCGUGUGAUACGAAAUGAUUUUGGGGACGAGGUCUACAAGGUAGACGGCUAUGAGCCAGAGACUGAGACAGUCUAUGAGUACCACGGUUGCAAGUGGCACGGAAGCCCCUGCCAAGGAACAAACACGAACAAAAAUCGAUAUAUUGCCACCAAGUCAAAGGAGGAAGGCAUCCGAAAACUUGGCUACAACCUCGUGACACGGCAAACUGCAGACCUGACGUAUAUAUCGGAGCAUGUGCCGGUCAGCGUCGCCAUUCACGAUAGUCUGAACAGAUAUCCAAUGUUCUUGGAGCACGAUGAUCCAAAGAUCUUGGUUGAACGAUUUGUGGAGCACCUCAAAAAGAUACACACCCACAUCGUGUAUGAAGUGGAGAGAAUGUACCCGAGACCCGAUGAUUUUGACAUGCUUUCGGACAAGACUCAGAAUGCAUGGGACGCGUGGGUAAACCAAGUGCCCGUGAUCGGCUUCAACAGUGGCAAGUAUGACCUGAAUAUGAUCAAGCGGUACUUUGUCGAUCAAAUUGCUAAAGACAAUGAAAAAAAGAUCAACGUGGCGAAGAAAGACAACAACUACAUGUUCUUUACGACCUCGAGGUUCAAAUUUCUUGAUAUCAAAAAUUUUCUCUCACCUGUUAUGAGCUAUGACCAAUGGUGCAAGUCUCUGGAUUGCAAGCUCAAAAAGCUGGUGUUCCCAUACGAGUGGCUGACGAGCUAUGACAAGCUAACCCACGUCGGACCCGUGGAGCACGAGAACUUCUAUAACAGUCUUAUUGGUAAAAACACCCUCUCUCUUGAUGAGUACGAAACAUUCCGUGCAGAGUUUUACAAGCGAGGCUGCGUCACCAUGAUGGACUGGUUGCGUGAGUACAAUCUAGCCGACGUGGAACCCUUCAUCGAAGCCGUGGACAAGACAAGGUUGCAGUACUACGACGACGAGAUAGACAUUUUGAAAGACGCGGUAAGUAUUCCAGGCGUAUCGAUGCGCUACGUCUUGAACAAGUCUCUACCACUGAACCCAAAGCUAGAGCUCUACGCUCCGGGGGAGCCGUGCAAACACAAGUGCAAAGACUCUUGCCUCAACAGCAAAUGCAAGGCGUGCAAAAAGGUGCAAAAGACUUGCACUGAGUGCACGAAGAAUGAGGCCUACGAGCUCUUGCAGACGGGCAUGGUGGGAGGGCCUGCCAUCGUGUUCUGUAGGUACCACGAGAGAGACAUGACGGGUAUCAGAUCCCACAUCUACCAGAAGCCCUGGAAGUGCAAAACUGUUUUAGGGCUUGACGCGAACAUGCUGUACCCGAGUACGUUGAUGAACUACUUUCCAUGCGGUAAAGAGAAGCUGAUCAAGAUCAACCAACCCACGGCUGAGCACAACAUCAGACUGUUGAUAGAAGGUAUGCAAAAUGGAUCCCUCUUUGGUUUUUCGCAGGUCGACAUCGAGGUCCCUCUGGAACUGUAUGACAAAUUCAGCGAGAUGGCUCCGCUAUUUAUGGUCAAGGAGAUACCCGACGAUCAAAUCCCCGAGCACAUGCACGAGUACCUAAAAGCAACAGGGCGCAAACGUAUUUCAGGCACACGUAAGCUCCUAGGGUUGAUGAAAGCUGAAAAGAUCUUGCUGUUCACAACCUUGCUCGAGUGGUACCUUGACCAUGGCCUGAAGGUGACGGCAUUUUACCAGUUCCUCGAGUAUGAACGAGGUAAACCGUUUGCGUGGUUCCCUGAAGAGAUUGCGGAUGCACGACGACAAGCCGAUAAGGAUCCUGACAAGCGUAUUGCUGGAGAUACGGCAAAGCUGAAAGGGAACUCGUUCUAUGUGAAAAUGAUCGAGGACCAAGCGAGGCACGCUAACACCACCUUUACGAGAGAUGAAAAGAAGGUGGAUGCAGCGAUGAGAUCGCCGUACCUUGAAGAUCUUGAAGAGAUAGGUGAUGCUUACGAGAUCCGAGAAGGAAAAAAAAGGUCAUAUCGACAGGGCGUACCAUUGCGGUAUUGCGGUGUACCAGCUGGCCAAAUUGCGCAUGCUUGA